AUUCGCAGCCGCAUCUAGUCCCCUUCAACAGUAACUUCGGGUCCAGUCCGCUUGUGGCGCGCCAGUGUUUCCGUAGCAAGCGACCUCCUUGGUCUGUUACGACCCCGGUGUGCCGUGGAGACGGAAACCCUCGGAAACCUUGACCGAACGCAUACUACAUUCCGUUGUCAUGUCAUCAGCCCGUCUCUUGGAUUUGUUCAAAAGGGACCUGGAAAAUCUUAAGGAUAAUGAUAAGUACAAAAUCAGUGCUCUGACUGUCUUCGCAAGGGAUCACAAAGAUGAAGAAAAUAUCCCCGAGGGUAUAGUUGAUUUGACUACGAAACAUGUCCAUUCGGUAAGUCUCAUACUUUUUCUGUGUCCUGCACUCUAAUGGUGCAGAUGCUCCAACCACCAAUAAAUUCUUCCAAUUAUCUGUUCUUUUUGCUGGUAUCUGGGCGGGUUAGUGAGCGAAGUAACUGAUGAAUGUGAUACACUGAUGCUUCGCGGCAUCUUCGACAGAAAGUCGUCAGGUGCGUUUAAUAGGAAAGCAUAUUAAUUUUAAGCGGUUCUUGCACUCGCUUAUAAGCAGUUGGGUAUUCGUUGGGAUUAUGUUUUCAGUGCGCAUAUCGCUGCAGGUUUCGAAGGCUAAUCUAAGCGGCGCACCUCCGCCCUUCCCGUCGCUCCUUUUCAGAUACCGGCUGGACUCAAGCUGUUGGGCCUGUACGUGAUCGAUUCAAUAGUUAAGAACGUAGGUGUCCCGUUCAGAAAGCUUUACACCGGUACCAUAGUCGACGCCUUCGUUCACUCGUUCCAGGCGGUAAGUUUUUCUAUUACCCUAACCAAUUACUGUUCCAGAUUCGUGACGAAAAGGGACGGCUUAAGCUGUACAACCUACGAACUACCUGGAAAGAUAUAUUCCCGAACACUCGAAUGUACGAACUUGACAUACGGGUUCGCGAGCACGAUCCUGCGUGGCCGCUGCUAGCUACUCCACCGGAAAGCAAAUCGGCAUUCCGGUCGCUGCCCAGCAUUCCAAAAUUACAACCUAAGCCCGAGGUCAAAGACAGCGAUAUUGAAGGCAGUGACACGACUUCCAAAGCCAUUAUAUCUGCUUCUCGUGACCCGCGACUGAACAGGAAACGCAAAUCCCCUUCCACGGCUCAACCCUCAAGUCCUGGUGAGGAGUUUCUUAUCGAUCGCUCUGGGGACCAGAAAAUGGAAUCUGUCGCCCGAAAACAAGGAAAGCAAGAGGCUGCAGAGCAACCUAAAAAGACUUCCUUAUUCGGAGGUGAAGAUCUAGACAUGCGUUCCCAGUUAACACCUCCCCUACCUUCCCCUGCUAGAUCAGGUGUGUGGUCAAGUUAUAUAGACAAGCAUGCAGAGGUUUGCUCCCGUCGGGAGUUAAAGGAUGUCGAUAUGAGAGUUAGUACGACAGUCAGUAGCGACAAACCGACAGGUUCCAUUGAUUCUUCUGUCACAUCUCCUCUAGUGAACUCUGAGCCAUUACGAGUUCCUGUUCUGUCCUCUGAAAUCAGGGAACCAUCGAGGCAGCCCUUCGUACAACCACACCAGCCUUCCCAGAAUGCGAUCUUACCUACCCAACCCUUCACUGAUGCAACUCACGGAAUUGUUCCGACGACACGUGAGCCGAAUCUCAUGUUCCCUCCUCCUACGCCCCAUCCGAUCACUCUACAUUCCGCACCACCUCCAGUUUAUCACAUGCAUAAUCCCCCUCCUUUCAGUCCUGAUCUUAUGAAUGAGCGCCCGCCUCCGGUUCCGAAACUGUUCACCGUACCUUCACAUCCACCGUUUCGGGGCCCACCAAUAUCUGGACCCCUGUGGAGCGUGGAAAUUGAUGGGUUUCCAGACAUGGUCAAUAUUGGAGUUGAUCCUCGAAUGCUUUCUUUGGUACCACAUCCGAAACCCCCGAGGCGCAUUACCAUAGAUGGUCGGCGGUACAGUUUGCUCCUAGACAGAGUGCAACCACUCAUCAUGGUUGGAGAUCAGGUUCAUGCUGUCCGCUUUCGUUGCGAAUUUGCUACCGUUUUGAUCAACGGACGUUGCUUUACUAUUCCCGGAACUGGUUUCACAAAAAUUAUGGUCGGAUGGCGACCGUAUCAGGCUUACCUUGGCGGUCCCGGCCAUGAAUUGAUAAUUGAUGGUAUGCCACACACUAUUCCAUUAGGUUCCCAGCUUACUUUUAUUACGGUGGGAACCCAUUCCGUCGGAGUUAAAUUUGUCGGCGAACUACCCCGAAAUGUCAAUGUUUUACCACCUAUACCUCCUCGGCUGCUUAAGUGGGCUGGUCAAGGUUUGUUUGGGUCACCAAGGAGUCUUCAUCGGGUUCCCCUCAACCCAUUGGCGGAGCUCUCUCGAUUAGCGGAGGGUAGGUCUUUUGCUUCUCACCGAUCAACAGAAGUAAAAAUGCGGACAGAAUUCAAUCACACCCACAUGCCCGACUCUUCUGUUUUCAACGAAGUUGGCACUCCACCGGUCUCAGUGCCUAACUACGCCCCCCCGACGUCUGCUCCAGUGAUGGAAGCCCCGGUCACUACGUCGACCCACGCAGAUCCGCCUGUCGUUACUUCGAACACUUCACCUCUUAUUGAUGUACAUGCAUUAUUCCAAAAGUUGGUGAAGGCUGGUAUUGUAACGGACACAACGACACAGCCACUUCCAGAGUUGGGUACCUACAGUUGGGAUCGUUUCAAGGUUCCGUGUUUGACCGAAACUAAUGCCAUUUACAACGGUCAUCAGUGUAGUCAGUGUGGUCUACGCUUUCAAAGUGAUCUGUCAUCUGAAUUUGCUGCGCACUUGGAUUAUCACUACAUGAAGAAUUCGAGCGAGCAUGACCGGCGCAGCAGAAACUUUUAUCAACCUGCUCGUUACUGGCUACUCAGUGAAACAGUCAACGAAGGGACGUCUCAAUUCGACCCAGGGACUCCGGUUCCCGAUCUCCAGGAAUCAAAAUGUCCAGCUUUCGCGGAUCCAUCAAAAAACAUCUGUGCCGUAUGCUAUGAGAAGUUCGAUGUGUUUUGGGAUCACGACGAAGAGGAAUGGAUGCUACGCGAUGCUGUCCUGUUGCAAGAUAAGGUGUAUCAUCCCAUUUGUCAGGAGGAUGCUGGUAAAGAAUUCCCCUUUGUCAGUGUAAGUCCCAACUCUUCUCCCAUUCUUCUUCCUUUAUUGUCAUAUUACUGACCGAUAUUUGCUUGACUUUAUUAUGCGUCUUCACCUGGAACAGUAGGACCAACUUUCCUUUACCAUUUGCAGUAUUCUCCAGUAUUUUUGCCAACACAAAAGGUAUGGUUAGCUGAUAACCACAAAACGCUCACUGUAUUUUAUGAGUAUUUAUAUGCUCCUGAUAUAAACUAAAUAAAAGCAAACUGUUUGACGCCUCACCUCGAACCUUGCGAUCUGAGGCCAUUAGUGAAAUAUACUUUAGUACAAGUGCAUCGAUCCCUAAUUUUUUCUUCAUUAGACAUCUGGUAUCAGCGUUACCUAGUUAAUUUUUCCAUUGAUGUACCUUCCGCGUCUGUUUGAGUUCUUCUUAUCAUAACUUCAGUAGGGUUGUCCAUUGGCUCUUCAUAGAACUACUUGCGACAUAAAGUCUUCACAUUUACUCGUCGAAAGCUACCUUAACUAUACAGGCAUGCCUCGCAUUGAUGCGAAUAAAGUAUUUGCAACUUAGUAUAGCCUACUGGUCACUGGGGUCACUUUCCAUCUACUAUUUUGCAAAUCUCUCCGCUGUUUUAACUGUAUUUUGUCACCACGUGGAAGCAGCGCUUUACUCAUCUGUAAACGCCUUCACGGAUAUUGCGUAGUGCACUGUAGUUCGUAGCCCUCGUCUAUCUGAGUCUUUAAAUCCGCCAUUACCUUUUCGCUGAACAUUAACCUUAUGCUAUCUACUGUGAGUAUAUCGGUUUCGCAAGAUUACUUUGAUAACCUCUUUGGUCAAACUAUUUCCAAGGUUACUGCGACCUUCUUGCUCUAUCCAUAUUUUGCAUAUGAAGGCCGAGCUACCGCACACUUUGCAAUUUGUUGCUUUUGGACACGACGUUUUAGACCAAUUUAAACCAAUUAUAAGGAAAUGUUUCAGCAAAACUUUGCCCUCUCGACUGGACACAAAUACGGAGGAUUCUAUUCAGCCAUGUGCGAUUGUUUUCCGGGAAUGCGGGGUCGUUUACUCGAGUGACAACGAUGCCACCUAUUUUGCUUUUGUUUGUCUAUUUGUACAAUCGUACACUUAUGAUGAUAUCAUCUUGCUCCACCUGCACUUGCUACAGUAAAGUGCUGCAAAUACACCCAUCCGAGUACAUAAAGCUCAUCUUGACGUGGCAUGACUUAAGAAUCGCCUCCGCGUUUAUUCUUGGCUCAUAUCCAUCUGCGACCUAUGGGUGUUCUACUUUGAUUUAAGAUGUUGGUUUGGUCCAUAGUUGACUCUUUCCAGCCCCAUCAAGCCGUUCCCCUUAUGCUACUGGCUCCUGAUGCAACAGUGCAUACUAUGUAGCGGGGCCUCUAAAUUCGGUGGGAUUUAUCGACACACGCUCAUCUUCGCUAUUUUAUUACCCUCUUAUAUUAAUUCAUCGGUUUUUCGUUGAGCGGAUUGCGUCCUGAUUACCUACAGUCGCGACAUUCUGAAAAAUCGGCGCGCUUUUACUGACAUGAACCUAGCACUUUUUCUGGUCAGUCUGUAUG